AUGGAGCAGUCCGCUCAAAACCCCAUGCAGGGUCUCCCUCACGGAAGCAACCACAACUCAAUCCCCCCUGAGUUUUGGAACACUCUAGAUGCAAACUAUCCCGAUUCCGAUCAACAGUUGCAACAGCCUGCCCAACACCAUCACGAACUUCCUUCAAACCAAACACCGCUCGGUAUUGACUGGGAUCAUCCUGUGUUUCAACAACAGCAGAGGGAGCUUGUUGCACGACCGGACCCGAGCCAUGGCAUCUACUCGUCCCUCCAUCAGCCCUGGCAACAAACGAAUCCUCUACAACAGCCUCCCCAAUCUCAACGUGGUUAUGGAGCUUCACCACAAUACCAGAUACCCCCCUCUCAGUUCCAACAAGGCCAGAUAAAUUUUGAUGCUCGUCCCUUGAACGCAUCUGAAUCUUCAGCCUUUCCGCAGUACUCGUACCCACCAAACUACUUUCCACAACAACCAAUCUCGGUGUCGGAUACCUUCCCUGAACAACAUACGCAACAAAGACUGCAACCACGGAUGCAGCAACAAUCACGAUCGCCAAUCUCAUCAUAUCCAUUGCCUCAGGGCUACUCCUCAGAAAUGCUACAGAACACGAUUGAUUUGACCAACGAGUAUCCGGAUUCGGACCCGAAUGUUACCGUAAACCCGCAGUUCUUGAACGACACUCAGGCCUUCAGCCAACAGCAGCCUUCUUUGGCCAACGCUUUUGUUCAGGGAAUUCCGCAGGACUUUUCAAGACCGGGAGGUGAACAGCUGUUUGAUUACUAUCAGAACCACAUUCAAACUCAACACCAGCUGACACCGAGUGGCAACCAAGCGAAUCUGCCCAGAGGCCUGCAAGUACCGCAAGUUGUGAUCAAAAAUAAGAAGCUUGCCCCUAAAACAAAGCAAACAAUUAAAUCAACCACAAGGGGCCCAAAGAAGACAGCUUCCAAGUCCGACAGUGAAAGCUCAGAUGAAUCAGAACUUGAGAUUGAAGCCCCUGACGAACCGUCUCCUAUCCCUCUAACUCGCCCGACUGAUCCUGAAGCGGCAGCGCAAUACGAUACACUCCAAGCUGUGUGGUCACCAAGGAACAAAUGGCCGGGUCCGGAGAAAGUUAAAAAUGCGUUGGUGGCUUAUAAAGAUCUCAUCAAGGCACUUAGGGAUGCUUGGAAAGAACAAGUCCAGGCAAUGAAACUGGCUGAAAACCAAGGUGAUAAUGACCAAGCGUUAAAGCUCAAGAACCAGGUGACUUUGCAACGCCGCAUGAUGGAUAAAAUUGCAAUGACCACGCUGGAAAUGGGUCAUCCAAACAUUGUUGAGAAGCUGGGAGAGCACCCCCUGGUUGUGGCAGCUCUAUAUUCCUUUUUGUUGGAUCGUUUCCAGGCAACUGACUUUGCUGGUACUCUGACAAUCAAUUUGCUCAAGCUAUUUGCUCGGUUUUCAAGCUUGUCUGAAGACCUCAUGGCAAAGACAAAUCUCUCCAAAUUGCUCCCGAAAUUUCUCAAGAAAGGCGGACAGCAGGUCAAGGAUCUUACACAGAAGAUUUUAGACAAUGCUGCAGCUUCUACAAAGCGCAAGCAGGAGAAUGAAAAGACUUCAAAGGACGAGCCGCCUCAAACAAAGGGCAAUUCCGCAGACACUGCUGGUCUGAAACGACCACGGGAAACAGAUGCCAGUGUGCAGUCCGGACCAAAGCGAAUGGCAGUUACCAGCAACCUCAAGGAGGCAAAUAAAACAGCUCCUGGACCAACCAAGGGAGCUCCAAUGAGUAAGCUAGCCGGUGCUGCAGCCCUACGCCCGAAGGCCAAUGUUGUAGCACCCAAACCAUCAAGCCUUUUCGGCACCCUGAGCUCGGCUUCAAAGCGACCAGGAACCACCAAUGCAGAGAGAGCCGCUGCAGCCGCUGCAGCCAAACUAAACCCUGCUAGCGAAAAGGAAAAGGCCUCAGCGCCAAAGUCCUCUUUCUCCUUCGGAGAUCUCAUGGCUGAUUUGAACAAACCGAAGGAAGCCCCAGCUCCCAAGCCUACCGAGGACCACCCACCGGAGACUGACGAUGAGCGUAAGAAAAGAUUGCGCAAGGAAGAACGCCGCAAACUUCGCGUGACUUGGAAGCCUGACGCGAACCUUACUGAAGUCAGACUUUUCACCCACGACCCUGAGGAAGAACUAGGUCCUGGUGAUGGGUCAAUGCGUAGCCUCGGAGAUGUCAAGGGUGAGGGCAGCGUACUGAAGCUGCACAAAGAUCUGGAAGAACUUGAAGAAGAGGAUCUUGGUGGCAUCCGCGGGACCGUAUUCUUGGAAAAUUACAACCUAUCGAUGAUUGACUAUGACUUUGAACAGCCAAUGGACGGCAAUUUCAUCAAGCGUGGUGGUCCUCAAGUGCCAACAAGUCCAGAGAAAGAGGCUCAAGAUCACCGAGAAGCUACCACUCUCAUGGUCUUCUAUACUUCACCUGCUGAUAUGCCUGACACGCCCAAGGAGCCACUAGGUCCUGAUCCGGACGAGGUUGUCCCGGAGGUUGUGCCAUUCGGCGAGUUACCUGACUUCGUCAAGGCUCGUCAAGAACGCUACUACUCCUAUUUGAACCCAAAGCCUGCAGUUGCCCAACAGCCACAGCAGUCUGACCCUGCAGGUAAUGGCUUUGACAUUGCCAACUUGUUGAAAAUCAUACAGGGUGGCCAGCCGCAGCCAAUUACACAGCAGGCACCUCAACAUUCGACAGGACCCAGUCUCGAGCAAACGCUCAAUAUGUUCCAUCAGCAACAAUAUCAGCCGCAGCCAAUUCCACCGGCCCCGCCAGUCUCUGCUCCUCAGCCUCAAGGCAUUGAUUUCAAUGCAAUUUUAAAUGUAAUGAAGCAAAUGCAGACACCGGCUGCAUUUCCCCAAACUCAACCGCAGCCAGGGAUGGCACCCAAUCUCGGCGCCAUGUUCUCGCAAUUCGCUGGACAGAACCAGCAACCUACUGCUCCUCAGUACCAGCAUCAAAAUUAUGAAUACGAAGACCCAGAACGCAAGCGGGCUCGCGAUGGCGGUCACCAUGACGAGUUCGAUCCCGGAUGGAGCCGGUCGAAACGGACCAGGCCCACUGACAAGCCUUACAAGGUUGGACUUGUUGCCUGCAAAUUCUGGGCUGAAGGCAAGUGCCGCAAAGGCGACAACUGCACUUUCCGCCACGAUCCCCUCUAG